GAGUGUCCCCUAAGAAGGCAGCACACCUGCGGCAGGUGUCCGCUUGAUAUUAUCCCCUCCUCUCUGCUGCAAGAUUCAACCCCGAUUCAGUGGACCAGCCCGUUCGGGACCAGUUGUCCCUUAGUCCCCUUGUUGUCCUUGAGAUGCCAAGGAGGAUCCUUUGUUGAACGUGUCCUGCUUUCCAAACAUCUGCCAUCGGUUUUAAUGUUUUGCAGAACUGUCAGUGGUUUGGAUAACCUUCCACCCCCACACAGCCCCACCAUCUCCCAGCACUGCCUGUUGGAUUUUUGGCAUCUCUGCCUUUGGAAGUUUUUAGAAGAAAAGGGGGUGGGGGUGGGGGGAAGAACGGGUUACAGUUUAUCCUAGCCAGUAAGUUUGACUCCUACGGAAGCUCCCAAACUAAAUCCAGAUUCCAAGACCUGAGAGGUCUGAGAAACCUUUUGGAGAGCUUUAGCUGACACUUGUGGAGUGUUUGUUUCCCCGGCUUGUUUUUUUUUUAAGUGUCCAUAUGGCUAAAAUCACUCAGAUACUGAACUGAAAAUUCCUCUGUACAGAUUGUGCUGGUGCAGAGAGUCCCAGUGAUUGGAGUCAAAUGGAAAAUAGCCAGUGGUUUGCUUCAGUGACUUUAAAGCUGCGUUUGAGGGUUAUUGACAAGCAUACUAAAGGUAUUAGAUCGAGCACAGUCCGUUCAAGUAUCAUACCUGGAACCUCGGGAACCUUUAAGCAUUGUUUCCCGAGUUAGCACUCUCCUAUGCUGCAAAACAUGUCUGGGUUUGCAGAAGAUUGGGAAUUAUAGAAGUUGAUUAUUUUGGACUGCAGUUUACGGGUAGCAAAGGCGAGAGUUUAUGGCUGAAUCUGAGAAACCGAAUUUCCCAGCAGAUGGAUGGGCUGGCCCCUUACAGACUUAAACUAAGAGUCAAGUUCUUCGUGGAGCCACAUCUCAUUUUACAGGAGCAGACUAGGCAUAUAUUUUUCUUGCAUAUAAAGGAAGAUCUGUUGGCUGGCAAUCUUCAGUGUUCCCCAGAGCAUGCUGUUGAACUCAGUGCACUAUUGGCGCAGACAAAAUUCGGUGAUUAUAAUCAAAAUACAGCCAAAUAUAACUAUGAGGAACUGUGUGCAAAAGAGCUCACAGGUGCUGCCUUAAACAGUAUUACCAUGAAACACAAGGAAUUGGAAGGGAUGAGUCAGGCUUCAGCUGAAUACCAAGUUUUGAAAAUUGUAUCAGCAAUGGAGAACUAUGGCGUAGAAUGGCAUUCUGUGAGAGACAGUGAAGGACAAAAAUUGCUCAUUGGUGUAGGACCUGAAGGAAUCUCAAUUUGUAAAGAUGAUCUCAGCCCAAUUAAUAGGAUUGCAUAUCCUGUUGUUCAGAUGGCAACUCAGUCUGGAAAGAAUGUGUACCUAACAGUCACCAAGGAAUCUGGUAAUAGCAUCGUUCUCCUGUUUAAAAUGAUCAGCACUAGAGCAGCAAGUGGACUUUACCGAGCAAUUACCGAAACACAUGCUUUUUACAGGUGUGACACAGUUACCAGUGCUGUCAUGAUGCAAUAUAGUCGAGACUUAAAGGGUCACCUGGCAUCUCUGUUUCUAAAUGAAAACAUUAAUCUUGGCAAAAAGUAUGUCUUUGACAUUAAACGAACAUCCAAGGAAGUAUAUGAUCAUGCAAGGAGGGCUCUUUAUAAUGCUGGGGUUGUGGACCUUGUUUCAAGAAGUGACCAGAGCCCACCCAAUUCUCCCCUGAAGUCUUCGGAGAGUAGCAUGAACUGUGGGAGCUGUGAGGGACUCAAUUGCCAGCAAACCAAAGCACUUCAAGAAAAGUUACGAAAGCUGAAGGAAGCCAUGUUGUGUAUGGUGUGCUGUGAAGAAGAAAUAAAUUCAACUUUCUGCCCUUGUGGUCAUACUGUGUGCUGUGAAGGUUGUGCUGCACAGUUGCAGUCAUGUCCAGUUUGCAGAUCCCGGAUAGAACAUGUUCAGCAUGUGUAUCUUCCUACCCAUACGAGUCUCCUUAAUCUUACAGUCAUCUGAUAUAUUGUACUGAUAUAUUUACAAGCCACAUUUCUACAAACUGCACUAUUAUGAACUAGGAAAAAAAUGAUUGUGGGAAAAAUGGUCACUCCAACACCUGUAUGCAAUGAGGAAUGUUCCCCCAAAAGAAUCAUUUCUGGAAACACAGCCACCAUGGUUUAAACAUCUCCAUUUGUGGUACCUGAGGAACAACAAAGUUAUGAACAUCUCAUAGAACUUUGACUAUCAUGAGAAAGCCCAUAAGGAAAAGCCCAGUUUCCUCUUGAGUGACAGAUAAAGUGACACCAAUGCCAAAAACUGGGCAUUUGUACGGGAUUAUAUUACAAGUGUGUUUAAUGUAUCUGAAGAAAAUUUCCUAUCCAGAGCAAAUUUUUUAGGAAUUGGUUGCAAAGAUUUCUUUUGUUUCCUUUUCUGUAGUCAUUCCAAACAUUUAUGAUAGGAAUUUUUUUAAGUAUACAUUGUUUUAAUAUCAGUUUUUGCCUUUAUAACUUGUUUAAAUAUGAGGAUUGGAGGAUUAAUAUAUUCUAAAAUCUAUUUUGUGACUUUUAAAAAAGUAAUGGCUGGUUAAGUGUCAGAUUCUAAUCUGCCUGUUAGAUAACAGAUAAUUCAAUGCUGUGUGAGGUAGUUGUUUCUUUCUCUAACAAUACUCCCCCCACCCCUUUAUUUCCAUGUAUCAGAAAGGUAACCUCUGAAAAGUAAAAUCCUGAGUUAAAUAAUUUUCUGCUCAUUGUUAACCACUCCUUUGGGGCCAUUGGUUUGGUGGAAAGUCAUUUCUGCUGACUUAAAGGGAGAUCAUUUUCUCUAGAAAGACUAAAUUAGACAUCCCUAGAGAUAUUCCAUGGUUAGUACAAACUAUGGUAGUAAUUAUAGUUCUUUCUAGCUCUUCACUCCAGCCUCACCAAAGUGGUGGUGAUUUUUGCUUGAACUAUCAAGCCUUACUUUUACAGUCUUAUCCUAAGUAUCAUAAGCAUUGUAUAAGCUUUUUUUAUUUUUAAGUGCUUGGGUAUUAACUUUUGGUUGUCUUCUUUUUAUAUUGGGGGGUGCUGGGGCUGUGUUUUAUCAUUGUUUUCUUAAACCUACCUUCCACUCCCCAUUUGGGCAUUUUGGACUCUGAUCAACUAGUGGGUUUUUCUAGGACAUAGAGAAACCUAGAUUACCUUCUUGGGUGCAAUACUAGCGAAGUUCAAGCUAGAAAACCACACUGUCACUUUACUGAGAUUUUUCUGAGUAUACUUUUCAUAUUGCCUUAAUGUAGCAGUGAUGUGUUUAUGCAUUUGUUUCUUUGCACAGACAUUUUGUCAAAAUAUUAAAAUUCUACUUUUUUAUGGCACAUUAGCAUAUAAACCUUUAUUGCAAGAGGUAUUUAUUUUUUCACUUGUAAAAAAAUUGUUUCCACAUAAAGAACUCUGUUAUAUCUUAGAUUACAUUUCUGUCUUUUUAUAUUCAGGUUAAUAAAGACUUUAAAGCAAAAA